AUCAUGGCACCUGCAUUACUGAUUCUGUUGUGGGCUAUGGUGAUACCGAGAGCAGACUUACUUCCUGAUAAAAAAUCUUUACUUCUCCCACCUGUCAACUUCACCAUCAAAGUUACUGGUCUAGCCCAAGUUCUUUUACGCUGGGAACCAAAUCCUGAUCAAGAGCCAAAGGAUGUCGAGCUAGGGUAUCACGUGAGAAUAAACGCUCCACAAGAAGAUGAUUAUGAAACCAGAAACACUGAAAGCAAAUGCGUCACCAUUCUUCAUCAAGGUUUUUCAGCAAGUGUGCAGACCAUCCCAUGGAAUGGCCACUCCCUGCUGGCAAGCAACUGGGUUUCUGCUGAGCUUAAAGCCCCACCGGAUCGAGUUAAUCCUCCAGUGAAUGUCACAGCAGAGAUUGAAGGAACCCGUCUUUCUAUUCAGUGGGAGAAACCCAUUUCUGCUUUUCCAAAUCAUUGCUUUGAAUAUGAAGUGAAGAUUUACAACACAAGGAAAAAUUAUUUUCAGACAGAAAAAAUGACGACGAAUACAUUCAUCUCGAUAAUUGAUGAUAUUUCUAAGUAUUCCGUUCAAGUGAGAGCAGCAGUGAGUUCUGUGUGCAGACAGAUGGGGUUUUGGAGUGAGUGGAGCCAACCUGUAUAUGUGGGAAAUGAUGAUCAGAAGCCCUCCACAGAAUGGUUUCUCAUCGUGCUUAUGGCAACCAUCUGCUUCAUCGUGUUAAUUUUCACCCUCAUCUGUAAAAUAGGUCACUUAUGGACCAGGCUGUUUCCACCAGUUCCGGCACCAAAAAAUAGUAUUAAAGAUUUCUUUCUAAUAGUCAGCCCGGAGAGCCACGGGACACUUGAUUCUUACAAAAACUGUAAGCACAUCUGGUAUUGUUAUUACAUUAUUAAACAGAUGAGGAAAUUAGGGCCCAGAGAAGUAAGAUAA